CAUUUGGCCUACCGAGUUGUCGACUGUCAAAGUAAAUCGACCACGAUAGAGAUCAAUCAUGUUCGUAGCCUUUCAAACUAUUUCCCGCAACUCGUCACUGACCGGUGUGCUCCGCCGAAGCAUGUCUUCCAUCCCAUCAACCAUGAAGGCUGCCGUCGUCCGCGAAACGGGUGACGCUCACGCCCUCAAAGUGGAAACGGACUUUCCUACCCCAUCACUCGGAGCUAACCAGGUAAUUGUCAAGAACGAAUUUGCUGGUAUUAACUUUAUCGAUACCUACCAUCGCAAGGGUUUGUACGCCCGUGAUUUGCCUUUCAUUGGCGGCCAGGAAGGUGGUGGUACGGUCGCGGCCGUCUCGGACGAAGCCGCCGCUCAGGGAAUCAACGUCGGUGACCGUGUGGCCUACUCCGUCUUUGGUUCAUACGCUGAAUACACGGCGGUUCCCGCCGCGAAACUGUUGCCCGUCCCGGACAGUAUCGGUUUGGACGUGGCCACGUCGUGUGUCGUGCAGGGCCUCACGGCACACUACCUCGUCACGUCGGCGCACGCGGACUUGAUCAAAUCCGGCGAGUGGUGCUUGAUUCACGGAGUCGCCGGUGGAACCUGCCAGUGGGCUGCGCAAAUGGCGAAAUUGCGCGGAUUCAAAGUGAUUGGAACGGCGCCCAAGGGAAAGGCGGAUAUUGCUAGCAACUUAGGUUGCGACGAACUGAUCCUCCUCGACGAGGUUGCGGGAACGUCGUAUGAAGACUACGAAUCCGUGGACGUUACGGCCAAAGUUUUGGAAAUCACCGGUGGCGCAGGUGUCAAGUGUGUGAUUGACGGAAUUGGCAAAGCAACCAUGGAUAUUUCGAUCAACUCGUUGGCCCGACGGGGUAUUUUCGUGUCGUUUGGGAACGCCUCCGGUGCCGUCCCGGCGUUUCCCGUCUUGCGCUUGAUUGGCAAGUCAGCCUAUGUGACGCGUCCGAAAUUACUAGACUACACUGUCGAUCGCGAAGAAUUGGUGUGGCGGGCUGGCGAAGUUUUCGACUGGUUGCAAGCAGGCAAACUCAAGGUCGCCGUGGACACGACCUUUUCCUUGGACGACGCUGCGGAAGGACACAUGUAUUUGGAAGCGGGCAAGAGCAAAGGAAAGGUACUUUACAAGAUUUAA